GUAAAGCAAGACGUGUAUCUUGUUUUCGUAGAACAGGAAGAACAUUUAUCUGUGAAUACGAACCAGCAACAUGUACAGCCGAUGCUAAGCCUUUUGACCUAUUAGAAUAAACUAUAACCUAUUUCUUUAAAAUCGGUUACUAAUGUAUUCGAGGAAGGAUGUCGUCCGAUUUAAUGUUAGACUUCGAGACUCAAGAACAAGAAAUGAUGAACAGUGAAACUGGCACCAUGUCCAUCGACCAGGAUGGCGAGUGGGACAUCAGCCUGUUUGACGAGCUGUACAACCUUGGGGAUGCAGAUGAACUUCUUCAGGCCUUGGAGUGCGUGGGAUAUGCCGGCGAUGCCCCUGACAUUGACUUUGACAUGGACCUGCCUCCCUGGAGCACUGACACAGAUGGGGAUCUGAGUGUGGACUCUCUCUCUCCUGCCCAUACCAUGAGCUCUGUCACCUCGCCUGCAUCCCGAGAGGCCCUGUCACCUUACUCCAUACAAGAUGAUCUAGCCCUAUCUCCUCAGCCCUCUCCUGCCGUCUCUGUCUGCUCCGAGUCCAGCGGCUUCUCAGAGCCCCCCCUGGCCAAGAGGGCCCCCAAGAGGACCAGUCAGGCCACGCGAGUCAAGCCAGCCCAGGCAGUGAAGAGGCCUAUCCAGCUCACCCCCAAGGUGUCCAUCCAGCCCAGACCAGUUGUAACAGCUGUACCCCAGCACGCCGRGGGCCCUCUCCAGACCAUCAUCAUCCAGCCCCUGCAGACCACCCUGGUGCCUCACCCUGCUYUGGUCAAACCUGCCCCUGUCAGCAUACAGCCAGCGCCACCUAUAGUCGAAGGUGUCCCAGCGGCAGCAGAAGAUGAUAAAGAACAGGGAGUCAGCGUCUCAGUCCCGUAAGAAGAAGAAGGAGUACCUGCUGACGCUGGAGGUCCGUCUCGAUGGCGUUGUCUGAGAACCAGCUGCUCAAGGACGAGAACGGCACCCUGAAGAGACAGCUGGAGGGACUACUGUCAGAGAACACGGUUCUGAAGACCAGUGCUCCUAAGAGCGGGCCAUUUGUCUCAUGGUGGUGCUGGUGUUCCUCAUGCUCAAUGUUGGACCAAUGAG